GAAUGCCAGGGGAUGCUCACAUAUUAAUACAAUAGAAAUACUGUAAAACCCAUUACAAUACAUUACAAAUGUUCAAAGACAGACAGUUUUCAGAAAUACUUCUAGUUUUCUUGCUUAAACUGUUAGAAAUGGUACGUAAAUAAGAUUUCUUCCCGCCCAGCUCUUGACCCUGAGCGGUUCCUCCGAUGACAUCAAACCACAAUGCAUUGCGGUGUUUGGUUUACUUUUGGUCUCCGUGGCAACGACGACCCGUCCAGCCCCUCGCUGGAGCUGAACCGGAAACUAACGUCAUUCCGGUCCAAUCCCCGCGCUCUGCGGUGACAUAAUGGAAUUUUUAAGGCAGGGGAGCCAGAGGCGUCAGGCUGCAAGCGGGCGGCCGCCAAACGACCGCAUAUGCACGCAGCAGAGCACCGCACAGCCCCGCAGCGGCCGGCGCGCGCGGAGGAAGACGCGGGAAUCAGCGGACUGCCUCACGCUCGCUCCCGCCUCGUGUUGGGGGUAAAACGAAACCAGGUCUCCACCCAGCCGGGGCAAACCCAGAGGUCCCCACCGUGGUUCUCCGGAGCGCGACGAUGAAGGAGGAUGAGGAGGUUCCGUCCAACCAUCAGAACUCCGAGCCGGAAACCAGCCAGCCUCCGGAACCAGAGGGGAUCCUGGCCCCGCCGGACCCGGGACUCCUCAGAUUGACCUUCCCGGACCUGGAGCGCCUCUUCCUGCAGCCCUGCGGUCCGGUGUCCGCCGCCCACCCGCCUCCCCCCUCCCUCUACUACCCCAAGAGUGCCGGGGACGAGCAGGAGUUCGCAGAGGGCUUCGUGAAGGCGCUGGAGGACCUCCACCGGCAGAACCGGCUGGAGCUGCCUGCAGCACCGGGUCUGCUCCCGCCAGACUCGCCGGUGUACACGACACUUAACGGCUACCCCGGCGGCUGCGCCCCCCUCCCGCCUCCGUCGUCCCAGCUGAGCGGCGCGCAUUCGCGGGCCGCCGCGGCUGCGGCGAUGUCCCGGUUUCAGUCCGCCAGGGCGCUAAAGGACGAGCCCCAGACGGUACCGGACAUGCAGAGCUUCGGGGACAGCCCCCCCCUGUCUCCGAUCGAUAUGGACAACCAGGAGCGCAUCAAGGCGGAGAGGAAGAAGCUGCGCAACCGGAUCGCUGCCUCCAAAUGCCGCAAACGGAAACUGGAAAGGAUCUCCCGGCUGGAGGACAAAGUCCAGAAUCUGAAGACGCAGAACAUCGAGCUGGCCUCCACAGCCAGCGUCCUGAGGGAGCAGGUGGCUCAGCUCAAGCAGAAGGUGAUGAACCACGUCAGCAGCGGAUGCCAGCUUCUGCCCAAUCAGGUCCAGGCCUAUUGAGCAACAGCCGGAAGCCGGAGCCCGGAUGCAGAAGAACACCUGCAUCUGACAAGGAUCAGACUUCUCGUGUGCAUCAGGUGCUCAAGACAAAAUUCAGACAGACGUGAAGCUGUCAGGGAGCGUGGAAACCAUGCAGCUCCCUGACUGCAGCAUAUGCAGCUUCCUGACUGCAGCGUCUGCGGCUUCCUGCAGCGUCUGCAGCUUCCUGACUGCAGCGUCUGCGGCUCCCUGACUGCAGCGUCUGGGGGACCCUGACUGCAGCGUCUGGGGGACCCUGACUGCAGCGUCUGUGGCUCCCUGACUGCAGCGUCUGCAUCUUCCUGACUGCAGCGUCUGCGGCUUCCUGACUGCAGCGUCUGCGGCUCCCUGACUGCAGCGUCUGCGGCUCUCUGACUGCAGCGUCUGUGGCUCCCUGACUGCAGCGUCUGCGGCUCCCUGACUGCAGCGUCUGCGGCUCCCUGACUGCAGCGUCUGCGGCUCUCUGACUGCAGCGUCUGUGGCUCCCUGACUGCAGCGUCUGCGGCUCCCUGACUGCAGCGUCUGCGGCUCCCUGACUGCAGCGUCUGCGGCUCCCUGACUCCAGCGUCUGCAUCUUCCUGCACAAUCUAUGUAGCAUCGCUGCGGGAAGAAGCGCGGCAUCCAGGCUGCAGGUGACGUCAUCCACCAAUCAACGCGUGGCCUUUCUGGUUUACAAGCUUUUAUAAUGAUAAACACGUUUCUCUAAGCAGCCUUUUGGAGUGAAAAUGUUUUGUAUUUUGUUGUUGUUGUCUGAGGUCCAUGAAUGUAUGGAGGAACUGUAUCACACCGAGACAUGAUGAUGUUUAUUAAAUUCACUACUUUAAUUUAA